CAAGGUUAUUAGAGGUCGUGCACAUUAUGAAUAAUCUAUGAGACAGUACGGACAAAGUGUACCUACACAAUAUGGGAUAACAUGGAAAAUAUAUUGAUACAAAUGUUAUAGAAUAUAGUAUUAAAUAAUAAACGCUACUCUGAGAAUGAUUCCGUCUUGGCUCCCUGUCGUUAGAGCAUCGGCAAUAGGUUGGACACCAUUACUGCAAAGCAAACUUCCAGAUGAGCCUUUUAUAACAAGCAGGAGGUGUUUCAGAGAUCAGAAAAUAAUAAUAAAUGUAAGUGGAAGAAGGUUUGAAACACGGAAGUCUACGCUGGAAAAAUUUCCAGAUACUUUGCUUGGUUCAGACGAAAAAGAUUACUUUCAAGAUCCUGUAUCAAAAGAGUAUUUCUUCGAUAGAGAUCCUGAACUUUUUCGAUAUAUAAUGGAGUAUUAUCGUUCGGAGAGGCUACACCUACCAAAGGAUUCCUGUGUGACUGCAUACCAUGAAGAACUUCUUUAUUUCGGAAUAAUGCCAGAAAUUAUGGGAGACUGCUGUUAUGAAGAGUAUCUGGAUAAAUACAGGGAAAACAGAGAAAGGCAACAAGAAGACAAAGAAGAGACAUCUGAUGAUGAACAGCCAUCAACACGUUUCAGGGACAAGUUGUGGCGCGCUUUCGAAAACCCGCAAGCUUCAACUCUUGCAGUAGUUCUUUACUACGUUACUGGUUUUUUCAUAGCAGUAUCUGUGCUUGCAAAUGUAACAGAAACAGUUUCCUGUGGUAUAAGUAACGAGAGUGGUGACAGUAUCCCUUGUGGUGAAAAGUACAACGCUGCUUUUUUCUGCUUGGACACCGCCUGUGUACUGUUGUUUACCAUUGAAUAUUUAGCAAGACUGUAUGCAGCUCCAGCAAGAUGUAAAUUUGUCAGAUCUGUCAUGUCAAUUAUUGAUAUAGCUGCAGUUUUCCCCUAUUACGUUGGACUUUUUAUGUCUAACAACAAAGAGUUUUCAGGUGCAUUCACCACUUUACGUGUAUUUCGCGUCUGUCGUAUUUUCAAAUUUUCAAGACAUAGCAAAGGAUUAAGAAUUCUGGGUUGUACCCUGCGUUGUUGUGCUUCCGAACUUGGGUUUCUUUUGUUUACCAUAACGAUGGGUGUUAUCAUUUUUUCGACGGUUAUGUUCUAUGCAGAGAAAUCGGAGAUGUCACAGUUUAGUAGCAUACCAGCAGCGUUUUGGUACACGAUAGUGACUAUGACAACUCUUGGAUACGGUGAUAUAGUGCCAACUACAAUUAUUGGUAAAAUUGUCGGUGGUGUUUGUUCCCUUUCUGGUGUACUUGUUAUCGCAUUACCAGUCCCAGUGAUUGUUUCACACUUUGCCAGAAUAUAUCAACAAAAUCAAAGAACAGAUAAAAGAGAAGCUCAAAAAAAGGCUAGGCUAUCACGUCUAUCAGAGAUGAAAGCUGUAGCAGAAACUGCAUUUUUAGAAGGCAAGAAAAAGUAUAAGAAUCAAUUAACUGAAUAUACUAAUACAAUUAAUAACGUUAUAAAUAACGAGAGAGACGAUGACAAAGUAAAGAUUAUAAAGAAUGAAUUAGAAAGUGAUAAAUUUUAUUGUAAUGAACAAAUAAUACAGAAAAGCAAUGAUGAAUAUAAAACUGAUGUCAAGGAUUUAUUUGAACAACAGUAUUAUCAUUUAAUUGAUUGCCUUCAACAAACAACUGGGUUGGAAGUUACUGAAUCCAAUACUUUUUCAUCCAGUGGAAAUACUGGUCGAGUUACACAUAGAAGAAAUAACUCCAGUACAAAACAUUCACGAAGACGUAAAUCAUUACAUGGUUCAUGUAAUUUAGGAGAAUUGCAAAAAACACAAAUGGAGUUGGUGCCGAAACUGACUCAUCAGUUGAAUGUACUUACAUCCUAUGAAUAAUAUUGUCCCCACUUCAACUCAAACUCGGUAUCGAUCGCUUCAAACGCCAAAGCGUAAUCUACUACACCAAUGAGUCACAAAUAAGAGGAGAUGCACGUCCUGGAUUCCACUGCUAAUCAUCAUUAAUCAUCCUUCCAGGAGCCCAUACUUCAAUAGAGACCGAUCGAAUUCAGUCUAAUUAACGACAAGAUAAUACAAACAAUAGCAUGAAAUUGUUCAUCGUUAAGAAAUAUGGUUUUAUUCAUAUAUUGUCAUAAAGUGAAUGGAAGUUAAAGUUUUUCGUGUUUUUUUUUUCAAAACUUUAUCUUCUGGUGAAGAAAAAUGAUUUUGUACUGUUACACUUUUCACUGUAUUGAUUAUCUUUUUCUUUAUUUUAUUGUUGUAAUCACGAUGAUGAUGAUGAUGAUGAUAGGCAGUUAAGUGCUAACAGCUUCCUAUUGAAGUGUCUUCUCUCUUUGCUUUUUUACCUAGGCAUGUUGGUAACACUUUAUCAUUUUUCAGUCUUAUGCAACUAGUUUGCUUUUAUUGAAAGUGUAAUUAGUUGAUUAACCAAUUAAUUAAUUAAUUGAUUUAUUUAUUUCGAAGUGAAUAAAUAUUUUAUCUUU